AUGGCGGUGCUUUGGGAAGGGUGGGUGCAGUGCCAGGGAAACUGGCACUCCAGUGAGCUGCUGCUCACCUUGCAGAGCAGCCGCAAGAACAAGAGACGUGGAGCGCGGCGAUGGAUGACCGUGAAGGAGCUCGUAGACCGCUACGGCCAGGAGGUCGCCGACGAGGUUGUGGAAUACAAGUCCAGGGAUCCGGUUCUCCGAAAGACUCAGAUCAAGUGCCAUCCAGAUUGCCCUCGACUCAUGCUGUACCUAUGCUUCGACUUCGAGUGCGAGGAAGAAGAGGAAGAGGACAUUCUUGGUUACAUGGCAUCGGCCGUGUACAGAGACGGUGGGCAUGAGGAAGGCGGACGCUCGAGGAAGCGAAAGCACGAGAGCGAGGCUGAGUCUGACAGCUCGGAGAGCAGCAGCUCAUCCUCGAGUGAGGAGAAGCGCAGCAAGAAGAAAAAAAAGAAGGACAAGAAGGACAAGAAGGACAAGAAGAAGCAGGGAGGAAAGAAGCCGACAGCUGAGCAGCUUGAGCGCAAGGCUGCAGAGGAGAAGAAGAAAGAGCAGGAGAAAGAGGAAAGGCGCCAAGAGCGCCAAAACUUGAAGGAAGAGAAGCAGAGAGACAGAGAGCUCGAGCGCAAGAGGCAGACAAUCGUCAAAGAUGCAAAGAAGGCCAUCGACACGCUGAAUAUCAAGAUCCAAGAUGCCGUCAAGCGGGAGGCGAAGAUCGCCGCUGCAAAGAUGUUCGAUCCUCAGAAAGCACCGAGCCGCGAUAUCCUCAAGAAGGAGAUCUGUGACCAGAAGGUCGUUUUGCAGGGAAUGCGCGACACUUUGCAGGCCAAGUGUGAUUCUGAAGCGAAGGCCGAUGAGAUUGGAAAGCUGGUGGGCGAUGCCAAGAAGAAGAUGAGUGAGUUUGGUAAGUUUAUGCGGGACAUGCAAUAG